AUGGGUUCACAGGCAGUUAGUAGUCAGCAGGGGAACUUGGAUCUAGAACGUGGACCCAAUUCGGGGAGUAUCCCCAACAAUGGUCAGCGCCCCUAUCCUCUUCUUCGACCGUCAUCGACUCCUCCUCCUGCGCCUAUGCGAGCAACGGAGAAGGAGCAGGAGGAGAAGCAGCAGUCUGAGGUUGCAACCAUCCGACUCACUGCACCGGACGCCAUGGUCGCCCUACCGACAGCGACACAAAAGGAAAAUACGACAAAGAAGACAAAUGGGCCCAUUGUUUCUUCGUCUUCCUCUUCUUCUGCCGAAGAGUCAGAUGUGUCCGUGACCCGCGCAAAACUCACAAAUCUCACCCUUGUUAGGAAAGAUGAGCAAGAGCAACGACAACAGAGGAAGCAGGGCAAUAGGAUUCCGAAGGAUACGAAUCUUGUCGGCAAGGGCAAGGGAGAAGUGAGCCACGACAACAAGAACAACAGAGAGACGAUGAUACACUCAAAAGUCCCCGAGCUCGUCGUUCACUCGGCUUCGAUUACAUCCUCACCAAACCUCGCAAGAGGAGGAGCAGCAACAGUGGGGGGACAUCAAUCGUCUCAGCAACAACACUCCCACCCAGCACCUGGAGUAGCGACGGCAAUCACACCGCCCUCACAACGGCCCUCGGAGCGUCUAACUAGGCUCUUGAAUCCAAGUCUCUCAACCACCUCCCUCCCCUCGCUCUCCAAGACGACCUCCCAACCCGUUGUCGCAGUCAUCAGCCCGAACCACCACCACACCGACAGCAUCGCCAACAGUACCGACUCUGCUUCUAGUCACAGGAAAGAUUCUUCUCCUUCACAACAGGAUACGCCUCCUCCAACAGAGUCAGCUGUAGACUUGGUUUCGAAACUUCUCAACCCCGUAGUGACACUCGGUCGGUCACGGUCCCAAUCCAGUCUCCACUCCAUGUUCACCAACGCCCUCUCUGGCUCCCCUUCUUCCUCUUCUGCAACGACCGGACAACAUCAACGCCGCCAUGCGCGCCACGGAUCUGCAGCCUCGCUCGCAGAGUCUGUCAAAUCUAAUACAGGCUCUUCUAGUACCGGUAUGGGUAUGGGUAUGGGGUUCAUGACGUCCCCACCGCGCGUCUCGGACCCAAAUCUGUACCUCAUCUCACGGUUUAUUACCCCCGCUAGUCAGCAGCAUGCGGUGCUGAGUUCUUCGGCACCCAAGCAGCAGGCAGGGUCGUUAUCGGGUAGCAGUAGUGCAGGAUCUCUGGCGGCGAGACGGAGACUCCCUCCGAGUUUGCGGAUGACUUCUUCAGAUAUGGAUGUACCAGCAGCAGCAGGAGGAGUAGGAACUUCUACCGCCGCCGUCGCCGCCGCCGCUGUUGCUGCUGCUGCCGCUGCUUCGGGCACGACACCAUCAUCCCCAGGCGCAGUGUCUACCUACUCAUCCGCAGAAGGUCCCACACCCACCCACUCCCACAGCACCACACCCCUACCACCACAUUCCUCCCCAUCCUCAAACGCUUCUAGCAGCCCGUGGAACCCAGUAGAAUCCAUGUCACGAACCCAACAGAAACUGAACCUGCAACGGGACAGCUCACACGACGACUUGGACGAAGAAGAGAUGGCUCGCCGCGGGAGGGCUCAUAGAGAGAUGGAGCGGAUCCAGCGCGAGUACAAGUGUAUCCGGAUGACCUCCGACCCGGUCUUGGAGAGCAUGUCCCGGUGUUUUGCUUUGCAGAGACAGCAACAGAGUGAGGUACUGGGAGGGGAGGAGGGUAUGGGACUGAACCUCGGUCGUUUUAGAUAA